CCCUCACUAGUCCCCGGCCUGCAGCCCUGCUCCGAUCCGAUCCACCGUCACUCUCCUCCUUCCUCUCUGCAGCGCUAGCUAUGGCGCCGGACGCGAAGAAGCCUGCCGAGUUUACAAGGAAGAAGCGGGCUAGGCACGCGGCGCCGCCGGAUCUCGCCUCGUCGUCUGCGAGGGUGACGACGCGCGGCAUGGCCGGGACCGGGAGGAUGGCCGCCGCGAAGCUUCGUCAGCACGCCGACGGGGAGGAGGUUGUUGUCGACGAUGUCGACGGUAGUUCCGCCUCCGUCGACGGGCCACCACCGGAGCUCCACCGGCGGGCUGACGUCGUCGCGAAGGUGAUGCUCGUCGCCGGCGCAUCAGAGGGGAACGCCGCCGCCGCGUCGUCGCCGGAGUCGGUGACAGACAAAGUGGCUAAUGAGAGCAAGAACGAGAGCUACUACUUGCUUCAUUACCUGCUGCCGUGCCUAGCGGAGCUCAACAAAGAGCAGCAAGCCGAGAAGGAGGUAGAGGCCAACAUAAAAGGGGUUUCAUUGUCCAAGCUGAGCGUACCGCCGGCAGCCUAUAACAAAAAGGAGAGGGUGACCUGCGACAACUGCGACACGUCGAUCUACGACCUCCACAGGGCCUGCCCACGCUGCGACUACGAGCUCUGCAUCACCUGCUGCAGGGAGCUCCGUGAAGGAAACCUACGAGGUUCCUGCUUGAAAACCAAGGACAACGAGUAUCCCAACCUCGGCGCAGACUACCUGCACGGCGGCGACGCUGCGGCUGCAGCACUGCCAGAUCCAAGCCCGUCGUCAGGCGACCCAUCAGACGACGAGGUGAUCACAUCUAUGAUCGGAGCUUGGGUGGCCGAUACCCACGAGCUCGCCGACGGCCGCAUCCGGUGUCCUCCGGAAGAGCUUGGCGGCUGUGGCGGCCGCCGCACGCUCAGGCUCAAGAGGAUGUUUCCGGAGAACUGGCUCGCCGACCUUGAAGCCGAUGCCUCUGCUGCAUUGCCGACCAAGUUUAAGAUUGCUGAUGAGAGUGUGUGCUCAUGCUAUUACUCUGGUGAUCCAGCAACCCAGAGCACAACAAAGGUAGCAUCAGCUAGGGAAAACUCGCAGGAUAAUCGCUUGUACUACCUGGUGUCGGACGGCAGCGAGGAGGAUGAUGUGAAGCAUUUCCAGAAGCACUGGGUGAGAGGAGAAGCCGUGGUGGCUCGGGGUGUGCUCCGGAAAAUGUCAGGCUUGAGCUGGGAGCCACCAGAGUUGUGGUCUGCAUUAAAGUUAAACGGCGAUCACAGGCGGCGUUCAGAGUUCAGGAAUAUUAAGGCCAUAGAUUGCCUUGCUCUCUGUGAGGUUAAACUACACAAAAAUGAUUUCUUCAGAGGGUAUUACAAAGGCAUGAGGCUUCCCAAUCAGUGGCCACAAAUGCUAAAGCUAAAUGAUUGGCCUCCUUCAGCAGAUUUUGAAGAUCUUUUACCUGUGCAUGGAGACAAGUAUAUAAACGCAUUGCCUUUUCAGCCUUACACAAAUGCAAAAUCUGGCUUCUUCAAUAUCUCUACUUUGCUUCCUGAUGGGGUCAUAAAGGUUGAUCUUGGACCCAAAUCAUAUAUAGCUUAUGGCUUCCCACAAGAGCUUGGCAGAGGGGAUUCCGUCACAAAGCUUCACUGCGACUUAACUGAUGCUGUCAAUGUUCUUGUGCACACCACAAAGGUCCCCCCUUCUAAUAAGGAACAAGAGAAUGCAGUUGCGGAGCUCAAAAGAAAACAUAGGGCACAAAGUCGGAAGGAAUUGGCAAAUGGCGAUGGUAGUGACGGUGACGCACAAGAUAAUAAGCAAUCACCUAACUAUAUGGAGGAUGAGGAAGGUGCUCUUUGGGACAUAUUUAGAAGAGAAGAUGUCCCAAAAUUAAAAGAAUAUCUCAUUAAGCACUCCAAGGAGUUCCGCCAUACACAUUGCUCCCAAGUAAAAAGGGUGUAUAAUCCGAUGCAUGAUGGAACAUUUUAUUUGACAAGAGAGCACAUAAAGAAGCUCAAAGAGGAAUUCGGAGUAGAGCCGUGGACCCUACUACAAAAGCUUGGGGAAGCUGUUUUCAUACCUGCUGGUUGCCCUCAUCAAGUCCGCAAUCUUCAGUCCUGCAUGAAGAUUGCUCUAGACUUUGUUUCACCAGAGAAUGUUAGAGAAUGUCUGCGCUUGACUGAAGACUUCCGCAUGCUACCUAAAGGACAUAGGGCAAAGAAAGAUAUAUUAGAGGUGACUUUCGUCACAACAACGGUUAAGGUGACAAAAGGAGGCAAAAUGAAGAAGGCUGGUUGGUGACCAAAGGCACCGACUAUGGGCGAACAAAAGAUGUAUCAAUCUAGGUAGUCCUCCUCCCCCUUGCAUGAGGACCGACCAGGUGUUGACUAUGGGCAGUGACAACCUAGAGAGACAGGUACCACCAGACCAGGCUACCCCAAGUUUGUUAAGAAGAUGCUCUAAAUCUGAAGUAGGUGUAGGGGCAUUUUGGUCCUGUGUAAAGCCUACAUGCAUGUAUAAAUACGACCCUUAGAGGUUAAUGCAAAGAGGACAAUGAAUGAUGAAACCAGUUGUCCAUUGACUGAAUUCGCCAUUCUCCCUUUGUUGUUCUCUCGCUAUGUUCCUUUAGCGGGCUCUAGUUUGCUCUGCAACCACCUAGUGUUCGAAGGCCUAGGCCGAGAACAUCAAAAAAUUAUGUCCACAAGGCAUUGAAUCCAAUUGUUAGUGUAGGUGCACAAAUAUAUCCAUGUCGCACCAUGCACAUUUCAUUUGAACUCAAGAGACGAACAAUGCCCGAAGAGUCAUCAUCCAGUGUGCCAAUGAUAUUAAGAAUCUUCCUUCACUAUGACAAACUAAGAAACAAGUUAGUUAUGGUUUAUAAACUAUUUUUGGUUUCAUAUAUGUUGGUUGUAAAUUUGGAUUUAUGUGUUGCAAUUGGCCUC